UAAAGAAUAUCAUCAAUGGUUGCCUGGAGGGAUUUUUAGUGGUAAAGGGAGGACAGAUUACAGAAGGAACACGAGAAAACUUUUGGGCUGAUGGAAUGGGUUAUUAUCUUGAUUGAGAUAGCUCCACAGGAGAAUAUACGCAUCAAAAUUUAUCAAAUGGUACAACUGAAUUAUGGGCAGUUUAUUAUAUAUCAAUUACAAAUGAAUAAAGUGGAAAAACUUAAGUAAAGGUCAUAUGCGUUGAAUAUUAUUUUCAAGUUCUCAACUUUUAUUUCUUCAGUAGGCUUCUAUAAAAUAAAAGUCUGGUGAGCUUAAGGAAAUACAGUAGGUCUCUUCUCCCAAUUUGAUUUUGGGCAAAAUAAUAGAAAUGUACGGGGUUUUAGGACAUUCCCAAAUAGUAAUAAACUACAGUUUAAUCUGUAAUAGGGAAAGAGGAGGAGAAAGAGAACUUCUGGACUUCAGGUGUGACAAGUGGUGGGUGGGAAGAGCAGGAAAGGAAACCAAGAAUAAAAUCUGAAAGGAUACCUGGCCAGGGGUGAUGACAAAACUGUGCCAUCACAUCUUGACCCACACGUUUAUAGAUUCGCUAAGGCAAGUGGCUCCAAGUGGGUUAAAAUGUUACAACUUAUGGCAGGUCCUCACUCAGGAAAAUUGUUCCUCCCUGAGUUAGUCCUACCAGCUGCAAACUCCGUGGUAGGCGCACUAAAUGAAGGCGGACAGGGUACCUCCCUCUACUCCCCUAAUUUGCAGUAGGGUGCAUCCCUUCCCGUUCUCGGUCGCCCCUGGUGGCGAGCACCCGGGACCUGCGGGCGCACGGGCGAGGCUGGCGGAAAGGUGCGGGCAAUAAAGGUCCCUGAAAUGGAGGUGUUGCCGCCGGGAUUCUGGGUGACCUCCGGAUUUCAGGACAGAACUUACAUGCAUUUGGAAAGGAGGGGGCGCAGAAGAGCUCUGACUGGAGAAGAACUGUCACCAUUAGACCUCCACGUUCCGAAGAAAUGGGGGAAGAAUUCGGAAACUAGCGCGCGGAGAUCGGCCAGCCUCCUCCCUCCUACUUGCAGCGAGCUGCCUCCGCCUCCCGCUGCCUCCACCCUCCACCUCUAUCCCCGUCUGUCUGGAGCUGAGCUCGGAGACCUCAGUCGCCUCGAGCUCUGGAAGUGGGCGCCGGACAAGUCUACGGCGCCUCCCCGCAAGAUGGACAGCCGCUACACCAGCACCGCGGGCAUCGGGGACUUGAACCAGCUGAGCGCGGCCAUCCCGGCGACGCGGGUGGAGGUGUCCGUCUCCUGCAGAAAUCUUCUUGACAGAGACACAUUUUCUAAAUCUGAUCCAAUUUGUGUCUUAUAUAUACAAGGAGUUGGAAAUAAAGAAUGGAGAGAGUUUGGAAGGACUGAAGUAAUUGAUAAUACACUCAACCCGGAUUUUGUAAGAAAAUUUAUUCUGGACUACUUUUUUGAAGAAAGAGAGAAUCUUCGUUUUGACUUGUACGAUGUUGAUUCAAAGAGCCCCAACUUGUCCAAACAUGACUUUCUGGGACAAGUGUUUUGUACAUUGGGGGAGAUUGUUGGUUCACAGGGAAGUCGCCUGGAAAAGCCAAUAGUAGGAAUUCCAGGGAAGAAAUGUGGCACUAUCAUACUUACAGCAGAGGAACUAAACUGUUGCAGGGAUGCUGUUCUGAUGCAAUUUUGUGCUAAUAAGUUGGACAAGAAGGACUUCUUUGGAAAAUCAGAUCCUUUUCUUGUGUUUUACCGAAGUAAUGAAGAUGGCAGUUUUACAAUUUGCCAUAAAACAGAAGUUGUCAAAAAUACUCUGAAUCCUGUAUGGCAAGCAUUCAAGAUCUCAGUCCGAGCAUUAUGUAAUGGCGAUUAUGACAGAACAAUCAAAGUACAGGUGUAUGACUGGGAUCGAGAUGGGAGUCAUGAUUUCAUUGGAGAGUUUACAACGAGCUACAGGGAACUUUCUCGAGGGCAGUCACAAUUCAAUGUGUAUGAGGUGGUGAAUCCCAAAAAGAAAGUAAAAAAGAAAAAAUACAUUAAUUCGGGAACAGUAACCUUACUCUCUUUCUUGGUAGAAACAGAAGUUUCAUUCCUUGACUAUAUUAAAGGAGGAACGCAAAUCAAUUUCACGGUGGCUAUUGAUUUUACAGCUUCAAAUGGCAACCCUGCCCAGCCCACUUCUCUCCACUACAUGAAUCCUUACCAACUGAAUGCCUAUGGGAUGGCACUGAAAGCAGUGGGAGAAAUCGUUCAAGAUUAUGACAGUGAUAAAAUGUUCCCAGCUCUAGGUUUUGGUGCAAAACUGCCUCCAGAUGGAAGGAUAUCUCAUGAGUUUGCUUUGAAUGGGAACCCUCAAAACCCCUAUUGUGAUGGCAUUGAGGGCGUCAUGGAGGCUUAUUAUAGGAGUCUGAAAUCUGUGCAGCUGUAUGGGCCAACCAACUUUGCUCCUGUAAUUAACCACGUAGCAAGUUGUGUAUUCUUUUCGAAGGCUUCAAAACUUCCAAUGUCAAUAAUUAUAGUUGGUGUUGGACCAGCAGAAUUUGAUGCAAUGAUUGAGUUGGAUGGAGAUGAUGUAAGAGUUUCCUCCAGAGGAAAAUAUGCCGAAAGGGACAUUGUGCAGUUUGUGCCUUUCAGGGAUUAUAUCGACAGAAGCGGAAACCACAUACUGAGCAUGGCUAGACUGGCUAAGGAUGUCCUAGCUGAGAUCCCCGAGCAGUUUCUCUCUUACAUGAGGGCCCGAGGAAUCAAGCCAUCGCCGGCGCCUCCCCCAUACACCCCACCUACACACGUGUUACAGACUCAGAUAUGACUGUGCUCGAAACGUUCGUGUUAACUACAUGUCAGUUGGAACUGCUGAGUCAGGCUUGGUCCUGGUGCUCUGUAAGGAACCAGGGAAUGGAACCGUUCUCCGCUUGGCUUCAGCAGUCCUGGUUAAUAGGCUUUCUGGGAUCCAAACUUAUUCUCUUCCUAAACCAAAACUGUAAAUAUGGUUGUUGCAUGAGCAACAGAAACAUUGUUUGAAUGCUUGAAGCAAAAUAUGGAUGUCUUCUCUGAAUCUUUACCUUUUUCUUUUCUUUUUUUUUUUUUUUUUUUUUUUUUUUUUGACAGAAACAGCUAAUUUCCAAUGUGUUGUUGGGAAAAAGCACAAACUCUGUUUUUAACUCAAAUAUUGUCCUCGACUGCUGUGUGUAUUGGGAAGCAGUCUCUCUGUAUCAAUGUUUACAUGUUCCUACUUUUUAAAUUUCAAUACUUUUAUAACUGUUCUUAAGAAUAAGAGUUUUGAAUAUUGAAUCCUUUGUCUUCUAAAUUGCAAUAGCUAUCAUUACAAGAGCAAUAUCUCUUUGAAUGACUGUCUGGACAAAUACAGUCGCAAACAAAGGAAAGGAAAGAUACUUUCAUAUUUCUUCCGUGAGUGAGUGGUCUUACGAAGCUGCACAUGCUCAGUAGUCAGUUCCUCUGCAUUGGCCAAGGAUGGGAGUUCAGCUCAGCAGGUGUGUAUCCUGUAAGAACAUGCAUUUUCCAUGGAGUUUGGGUUCUAAAUUUAGACUGCAGUCAGCUUAUGUUUUGUGCUGCUCAGUAGACAUUUUUAAAAAGUCAAAACGUUGUGAACUGUAAAUGCACAGAAAAUACUGUGUGUUUGUGUAAAAAGUAGCAUCUUUAUAUUAUAAUGCUAUUUAGAAAGACUAAAACCCAAAAUAUUUAACUGUGAACCAUGUAGCAGAAGUUUUAAAACUUUUUAUUCCAUUAUAUCUUGUCUAGAUAUUUUAAUUCAAAGGGAUACUGUCUCUCUUUCUGGUUUCCUAUCACCUUUCCACGUUGCCACACAGGGUGCACAAGCUGGAAGUUUUUUUGUGAAAUUCCCAGUGAAAUAUACACAACCAUGUGACUUAGUGCACAACACAUUUGUGAAAUAACCUACUCCUAUAUACGAAUUUGCCUGUCCACAAUUAAUUGUGAAGAGUUUUUGCACGUACAGUUUUUACAAGAAUUACAGUUUUGUGAUGUUGUGUCCAAAUUAAAGCAUUUCUUUAGAACAAAUGGCCUUAAAUUCUCACAGAAUUCCUGGAAAUGAUUGUGAAUUGCCUUCAAAUAAUAGAAAAGUGUAUUUAUUUAUUUUUUUCUUUUGUGUCAACAAUGUAACUGCUUUAUAACAUUUUUCCUUACUUAUAUAUUUACUACUUGGUUUAUUUUUACUGUAUGUUGUUCUCUUUGUCCCAAGUUGACUUAGGGUGACUUUUAUAAGCAUGAAACUAUUUUACUGAAAAGAAAAAUAUAUACAUCCACAUAUCUAACAGUAUCAAUAUUAUAUAAUUAUGUAAUAUUAAAGUGUCCAUUUUUAAGUAUGUAUUAAAAUCUUUAAAAGGAUAACUAUUUGCUCUGUAAAUUUUAUUCAUAAUGACAUGGAGUCUGAUGACCUCCUUCACUGAGCUUAAAUAUUUAUGCCAGUAUAGUUUAUUAACCUACAUAUUUUUUAUGUAUCUUCAUCAGUCCAAAAUAACAAAAAUAAAUGAAAUCAAUAUUA